AUGGGUGUUUGUGAUAUUGUGUUGAGUAAUCUUACAUUAAUCUAUGUGGCUGUAACGUUUUGUGUUAAAGGUUAUGAGGUUUUAAAUGGAGGAAGCUAUGGUGGUGUGUUUGUGGUGAUUGUUUCAACAACGUUAGUGGCUUUGAUUCUGGUUGCAACCUUAACAUGGGAUUUGUCUCGUAAGUUUAACAAAUGUAUGUUUGUUGUCGACCAACAACAACGACAACCUCGUACCUUGUCGUACUGUAAAGGUGGAAUCUGUUGGCAUGGAGGGAUGGAUCGGUCGCCGGCUUCACAGAUUCACUUCAAGAUUCCUCAUCAUCUUCCUCAUGUCAUUUUGUAA